CCAUGCACGGCUCCCUCACUGUGCUAUAAACACAGGAGUUCACCUGAGGGUAGCAGAAUCCUCUCCUGCCCUCCACAACACCCCCUCCUUCUAUAUCUAGCGACCUACUAAAAAUAAACCCCCCAGUGCAAAGCACUAAGCCUCAUUGUCCCCUGUUGUUGCAGGCGGCGCCGCACGGCUUGUCGGGGGAUGUAGUUCUCACCCCUGGCGGCUCGGGCUGGCGUUAAGGCUCCGAGAACUACAACUCCCAAGAGCCCCCGCGGGAGGACGGAACUCUGCCUGCCCGGGGAGUGUUUGCCAUUUAAAUAAACAGCGAGGAAAAUGGCGGAGUGUUCGGUAGGGGAAUAAAGGAGCAAAAAAAAAAGGAGAGAGGCAGCUGCGCUCCGUAAACUCCAGCAUGGUAGCAGCUACUGUGGCUUCAUGAAUUACAUAUACAAGAUGAAGGAGACACCUGAAUGAGGAGACCUCCUGCACUUAAGAGAGGGCUUAUCUGCUGAGGAUGGAGCAAUGAAGCCACGCCCACAUCAUUAACCUCUUUUGCUGGGUACAAGCCACAUUAUACUCUAUGGCGGCUGUUGACUGUACCUCCGCAUUGACUACUGUGGACGUGGGGUGGGGGUCAUAGAAAAACCCUUGGCCCAUUUCAUUGAUGACUUCAAUCUGAGAACACCUACUAAAAUGCCAAGUGCAGCGUCCCUUUGGUUUAUGUAGCUCUCCGGCCUACUUAAACUCAGCUGCUGAUGUUUGUUCACAAUGAGUGGAUUAGGUGAAAACUCCUUGGAUCCUUUGUCUUCAGACUCCAGAAAGCGAAAACCCUCACUAUGUGACACACCUGGCCCCAGCCUGACCUGCGGUGGUGAGAAGAGGAGACGUGAGCAGGAGAGCAAAUACAUUGAGGAGUUGGCUGAGCUGAUUUCUGCAAAUCUCAGCGACAUUGACAAUUUCAAUGUCAAACCCGAUAAAUGUGCAAUCUUAAAAGAGACUGUCAGGCAGAUCCGUCAGAUUAAGGAGCAAGGAAAGGCCUCCUCCAACGACGAUGAUGUCCAGAAGGCAGAUGUAUCUUCUACAGGACAGGGGGUCAUUGAUAAGGAUUCCUUGGGGCCCCUCUUGUUACAGGCUCUGGAUGGAUUUCUCUUUGUGGUGAAUCGGGACAGCAGCAUCGUUUUUGUGUCAGAGAAUGUCACCCAGUACUUACAGUACAAGCAAGAAGAUCUGGUCAAUACCAGUGUGUACACCAUCUUGCACGAGGACGAUCGCAAAGACUUCCUCAAGAACCUUCCCAAAUCUACUGUUAAUGGUGUCCCGUGGUCCAAUGAAACCCCCCGACAGAAGAGUCACACGUUCAACUGCCGCAUGCUGGUUAAGACGCCGCUCGAUCACCUACAAGAUGGUAGUGGCAACAUAGAUACCCGACAGAGAUACGAGACUAUGCAGUGCUUUGCCCUCUCCCAGCCACGUGCAAUGAUGGAAGAAGGGGAAGACCUUCAGUCGUGCAUGAUCUGCGUGGCCAGGCGUAUCACAAAUGUAGAGCGAGUAUUCACCUCCAACCCGGAAAGCUUUAUCACCAGACACGACCUCUCAGGCAAAGUGGUGAAUAUUGAUCCCAAUUCUCUCCGGAAUUCCAUGAGGCCGGGGUUUGAGGACACAAUCCGCAGGUGUAUCCAGAGGUUUCUUUGUCAUAGCGAUGGGCAGCCAUGGACGUACAAACGUCACUAUCAGGAUGCGUAUGUCCACGGUCACUCAGAGACCCCACUGUACAGGUUCUCUCUAGCAGAUGGCACUAUGGUAACUGCACAGACUAAGAGCAAAUUAUUCCGAAAUCCUGUCACAAAUGAUCCUCAUGGCUUUGUGUCAACUCAUUUCCUCCAGAGGGAACAGAAUGGGUACCGGCCGAAUACAAAUCCUAUGGCACAGGGUGUUCGUCCACCUUUACCUUCAAAUCCCAAUCCUGGCAAUACCAUGAAUGUCUCCUCUGCACAGUCCAUGCCACCCCAGAACAGGAACUAUGGCAUGGGAGAUGGCAACAACACGGCAGCUAUGUCUGGCAUGAGAUACGGCUGUACUGGAAACAUGGGGCCUGCCUCCCAAGCUCCAGGGAUGCAGCAGUCACCUUACCAGAACAAUAACAACAACUACGGACUUAAUAUCAGCAGCCCCCCACAUGGAAGUCCUGGCAUGAGUAGCAACCAACCCAACCUAAUGGUGUCUCCUAGGAACCGAGGAAGCCCCAAGAUGGGAUCUAGUCAGUUCUCUCCAAUUCCAGGGAUGAAUUCUCCGAUGGGCCCUUCUGGGAAUGCCGGUGGAGGAAGCUUCUCCAGCAGCUCACUCAGUGCACUUCAUGCAAUUAGUGAAGGAGUUGGGAGCUCUCUUCUGUCCUCCUUGUCUUCGCCUGGACAAAAAGCUGAGAAUGCCUCUAAUAUGAAUAUGUCUCAGCAAGGUAAAAUGGGAAACCAGGAGUGUAAGAGCCCAUCUGGGUUAUUUUGUGAACAAGGGCAAGUAGAGAGUUCUGUCUGCCAGUCCAGUGGGAGAGAGCACCUUGGUGAGAAGGAUGUUAAAGAAAACAUCAUUGAAGGCUCCGAUAGUCAAAGGGCACAAGCUGAAAGUAAAGGGCACAAGAAACUCCUCCAGUUACUGACCUGUUCUACAGAGGAUCGCGGUCACAGUACAAUGACCAAUUCAACAAUGGACUCCUCCUGUAAAGAUUCAUCCACCAGUGUUACGAGUCCUUCAGGAGUGUCAUCCUCAACCUCAGCAGGCGUCAGCUCUACAUCCAAUAUGCAUGGGUCCAUGCUUCAGGAGAAGCACCGCAUUCUUCAUAAGCUUUUGCAAAAUGGUAACUCUCCUGCUGAGGUUGCCAAAAUCACAGCAGAAGCCACUGGCAAAGACAAUUUUCAGGAUUCAGUUAGCUCUGCACCUUGCGUGGAAGCGACAGUGAAACAGGAGCAGCUAAGUCCUAAAAAGAAAGAGAACAACGCACUCCUCCGAUAUUUGCUUGACAAAGACGAGGCGAAAGAUCAGCUGUCCAAGGAUGUGAAACCAAAAGUGGAGCCUAUGGACAAUAAACAAAGUCAGUGCAGCAGCUCUGCUGUUCCCACCUCCAGCCAGGACAAAGAGAUCAAAAUAAAGUCUGAACCUGCAGAGGAGGUGGCAGGAGAUUUAGAUCACUUAGAUGCGAUUCUAGGUGACCUUGCAGGCUCUGACUUUUAUACCAAUUCCAUGAGUUCGAGUACGAGUAACAUGGGAACUAAACAACCUGUGUUUCAGGACAAUCCCCCUCUAGGCAUGAGGAGUCCACAGAAUGUGCCGAUGAGCCGGCCUCCGUUUAACCGGGCAAUGUCAUUAGAUAGCACUAUGCCGGGAAACUCCACUCCACCAGUGAGAAAUGUUAGUAACUUCCCAAUGAUGCAAAAGCAGAGUAUGAUGGGAAGUCCCAGAAUUAUGGACACACAAGACAAUUUUGGACUGCUAGGGAACAAUUCUAACAGGAGUAUGAGCCAGCACCCAGCAGGGGAGUGGGGUAUGCAGGGCACAGCUGUCAACCGGAUGGAACCUUGUAGCACAGGACCAGUGGGGAGACAGGGGCCAGAAUACAACACGCCCAUGCAGAGGCCUGCAAUGAGCGGAAACAUGCCGGGGCUUCCAGCCCGAUCCAAUAGUAUCCCAGGGAACCGGCCAGUGCUACAGCAACAGAUGAUUCCAAUGAGACCUAAUGAAAUGGUGAUGGGAAUGGGGUCCAAUCCUUAUGGACAGCAGGCACCCUCUAACCCUACGGGAUCUUGGCCAGAAAGUAUGAUGUCAAUGGAUCAGAGAUCUACUGUAUCUCAGAGCAGGCAGCUUGGUCGGAGUUCAUUAGACGAUCUCCUUUGUCCUCCUUCAACUGUGGAGGGACAGACAGAUGAGAUAGCUCUGCUGGACCAACUCCAUACACUCCUGAGCAGCACAGACCCCACCGGGCUGGAGGAGAUAGACCGGGCACUUGGUAUACCUGAGCUUGUUAACCAGGGCCAGUCUCUAGAACCCCAAACAGAUGCCUUCCAGCCACAAGAUUCCCCGGUUCUGAUCGAUCAGAAGCCUCCUAUGUAUGGGCAGCCCUACCCAGGGCAGGGGUCCGCAAUGCAAGGAGGAGGUUUCAGUAACAUGCAGGGGCAGCAUGCACCUUUUAAUUCUAUGAUGGGGCAGAUAAGCCAGCAACAAGGCAACUUCCCUCUGCAAGGAAUGCACCCGAGGGCCAAUCUAAUGCGACCCCGGACAAAUAUCCCCAAACAGCUGAGGAUGCAACUACAGCAAAGGCUUCAGAGUCAGCAGUUCUUGAACCAAAGCCGGCAGGCACUUGAGAUGAAGGUGGAGAGCAUGAACGCAGGUGGAGCUGGGGUUAUGCGGCCAGUGAUGCAGACUCCGGUGGGGUCACAGCAGGGAUUUUUGAAUGCUCAAAUGGUUGCUCAACGGAACCGGGAGCUGAUCAGUCACCAUAUACGCCAACAGAGAAUGGCUAUGAUCAUCCAGCAGCAACAGCAGCAGGGACAGUCACAGGCAUUCAGUCCUCCCCCAAAUGUGACUGCUUCACCUAGUAUGGAGAACCCGCUUGGUGGUCCCCCCAUGCCUCAAGCUCCUCCACAACAGUUCUCAUACCCAUCUAACUAUGGAAUAACACAGCAGGCUGACCCCACCUUUGGAAGGGUUUCAAGCCCCCCAAAUGCUAUGAUGUCAUCGCGAAUGGCUCCUUCCCAAAAUCCUCACCCUCAGACCACACAAAUGUACCAGUCACAGGACAUAAAGGGCUGGCCUUCAGGAAACCUGGCACGGCCCAGCUCGUUCCCGCAGCAGUAUAACCACCAGGGCAACCCUGCCACAUACAAUAUGAUGCACAUAAAUAGUAAUGGAAGCCACAUGGGGCAAAUGGCUAUGAAUGCCUUGCCUAUGUCGGGCAUGCCGAUGGGACCUGACCAGAAAUAUUGCUGACGUCACCCUGUUCUCACAAUGAAAAUCCUGCGUUUUGAACUAGAGAUGCACUAUAGUGGAAAAAGUUCUAUAAAAGUAUAUAUAUUUCUGUAGCAAGUUGUGGCUUGCUUAGGCCUUACCAAGGACAAACAGGUUUGUACUUCCUGCCCAAGAUGAGGUCAUCAGAAACACAGGCCUGGACUUUUGGCAGCAACAAAGCGUUGGUUCUGAUGGACAAUUCAAUGGAUACUACUUGUUUUUAGUGCUUGGAGACACAAGUUGUGAAUUGGGUGGUAACAUUUUUGUAUAGAACCUGGUUUGGCCGGUUAUUUACUGAAUUCUGAAACUUUAUUUCUUUAUAUCCCAAAGCACCUGGAACAUUUUUAACUGAAAACUUCAGAUUAAAGUCUGCUUUUUUUUUGUAUUUGGUUUCAGAGUAGUAUUCAUAUAAAUCUUUGUGACAUUUGGCUCUGAUACAGUUUAGAAGAAAGAAUGUUGAUUUUGGUGUGCAGUAGACUCGCACUUUAUGACUGUUGAAAAAACCCAUGAAUUUACAUUUUCAUUGUCUAAUAUUGAGAUUGCAAUAUUCCCCGCUCCCCUACCGCCAUGUAUAAAUAGCGCAGCCAGGCAUAUUACUUGUCAUCCCCUCCCUUCCUUUCUAUUGUGUAAACAUUUUGUACAUAUAUCUUUAAAAUACCUUAUUAUUGUAUAUGACUUUUUCUAGGUCAGUGUAUGUUUGUUUUUUCUCUAAGCUUCUAAAGCUGUGUAUUUAAGCCUGUGACCGCCAUGGGUUUAGAACUCCUCGUUUCUAUUUGGCCAUGAGAGAACUAUUGGGGGACAGUGAGGACUCUUAAUGUGUGUUUAAGAACUGGAGAUGUUCUUGUCCUUUUUUGCUCCAGGGUGUAAAUGAACUCCACAGGUUGUCUGAGAAUGUUUGUGGUAUAGAAUGUACGAUGGGGUUCCUAAAAAAAAUUAAAAAGGGAGAGAAAAAAAAAUGAAAUAAAGAUUCCCUGCGCAUAGUUAAUUAAAUUUGGGAAUAAAGUAAUGCAAGAAUUUGGUCUGACUUAUAAUUAUAGCAAUAUUUGUGUUUUGUGUGGUACAUGCAAUUUUUUCUGCUUCAUAACAUAGUUGUGCAUUUUGCUUAUGUCCUCCAAAACGAUAUUUUAUUAGUUUAUAUCCAAAAUGUUUCCUGUUUUGUUACAGACACACAAUAUUAGUAGAUAGUCUGUUAUAAUCAUUUAAAAGCUUUUUAGAGAAGAACAACUCAUGUUGUUCCAAUAAGAAAAGUCAUGUUUAUGUCAUGGUUUAUACUUGUGCUAGUUUGAUGCAAAUAGUUUGUGGUUUUAUCAGGGCAGAGCGUCAGCGGGGCAGCAGUUCAAUAUUACAAGAGUGCAGGAUUUUAUUUUAACACACAACAUAUUUUUGCCAAAUCGCCCACCAUUACAUUUGUCCCAUGGUGUCGUAAAUGGCUCAAAAUCUUGGAGAGUACAUAGAAAUUGAGAUUUCCCUCUUUGUUGUGCCCUACACUACAUACAUUGAGAUUACUGUAGCCACUGUUUGUACAACAGAAGGCACUGUACUGUCAACUGUUUUCACCUCCUUGACUGACGUCUCUAUAAAGUACCUUCGUAAUUCUUCAAGUAGCUAUGUCUGCCCAUCUUGCACACAGUUGUCUCAGAGGCCUGUAAAAAGGUAAUGAGGGUCCAUGCCUUAAUAUCAGGCAAUAGGUAAAAUGCAUCUUUAAAGAUUUGCGAAAUGGUAAUAUUUAAAUUUUGCAGAAAUAUCAAGUGUUCUGUUCCUUCUUCCAUUGUCAAAGACCCUCCUAUCCCACUCUACCUGCCUACCAACCAUUCUGUGGCCUGCAGAUGUUGAGGACGUAUGUACAGUUUGAAUGUUACGGUCCUUCUCUUCUUAUUGGAUUCAUUUGUGUUUUCAGUCUAGUGAAACAUAGUUCAUUCACAUCUAUGCACUUUAUUAAUCCCUGAAAAACAACCAGUAGUGCAUUAGAAUCUAUAGAAACCAAACACACCUAAGGAAGCCUGGUGCACAGGCAAGAAUGUUAUGUAUCCUUUAAUAACCAGACAAUUGCAGUUUCUCUGUUAGUAUAUUGAAAAUGAGAGUGAACAUCUGUAUGUUGUGGCUGUCACCAUCUUUUCCUGUGCACCAGAAUCAUGUGGAAUUGAAAUGGGCACAAAAUUGCGUUGCAGGUGCGAUGAUCCUGAUUCUUUUUUUUUUUUUUUUUUCAUAAUUUAACGUGCGUUUCACCGUUCAUUGUAUGGAGUGCUGUGCAUCUCAUGGAAAACAUGCCACAUACAUGUGUGUCCUUCAAACGUAUAAAUGUGAAUAAAGAUUAAUGCGGACAGCAAUAAUUAAAAAUAACAUUAAUUACAUAAUGUACAACAUGGGGAUCACAUGAAUAACUGGCAUUUAUAAGCAAUGUGGAAUUAUAAUAAUAUAACCAAAAAUUAUAUAUUUUAUGCACUCACAGGUGCCAGGGGAAACACCAAAAACUUUUUGCCCUUCCCACGUGCACCGGUGCGUGCACAAAAAUCCAGGCACAACGUUUAGUAGUUAGAUCACCAAUUCAUAAAUAUAACAACCUUAAAUUUGUACUAAUCACCAGGUAAUUAAGCAAGCUGCUCCCACUGAAUAGUAUAGGGUUAACUAUACUGGAUUUGCAAACAUACAAUACUUAAUAGAGAGCGCUCUCUAUUAAGUAUUGUAUGUUUAAUAAUAUAACCCCCUAUACUGUCUUAAAGGUAUAUUCAGUAACUGUCGGAAGCUGGCGUCUUGACGGAAAGACGGCAGCUUCCGACCGAUUUCGGUCGGAUGGGGUUCCAACCUAUUGGACAAGUCGGGAAUCACAUGGAUCGGCGGAAUAGCCGCCACUCCGCAUGCUUGUGAUGGAAAUGGAGCCAAAUCCGACAGGUUUUGGCCCCCUUUCCGACAAACUCAGUCCAACUUGAAAACAAGUCGGAUUGAGGUGAGGAGACGGGGAGCGGUGCAGCAGGCUACGGGGAUGAGAGGUACCUUGCCUGGCCGUUCCCCUGGCCAGGCACCUCUCUCCCUGCAGCACCUCCCCCCCGGCCGCAGACAUCACUAGUCUUCACUGCCGCAGAUGCUGGCAGCUCGCCCCGCCACCCGCUGCUGUCCAUCUCCCGCCGCCGUCACACCCCCCCCCCCCCCCGCCACCCACCUCUGUCACCUACUUUCCGCCGCAGUCUGCUCCCCCCGCCACCCCUGUCAGCGCACCCGUCAGCCACUGACAGCAGCGGCAGAACAGCACCCUGGGUACGGACAAAUCAGACAGUCGGAUUUGGCUCAAAUGAGACAGUUGGAUUUGGCCAUCCAUUGAAUAGGGGUUGUCGGAUCCAUUCCGACAAAUGCAUGUUAGAAUGGAUCCGACUUUUAUUGAAUAUACCCCUUAGUGUUCCUCCACCACAUAACACACACCUACUUUCAAGGUGUUCGUAGGGUAUAUGUAGCACAAAGUCACUGUUAUAAUUAAGUACUUCUGCAGUCUACUUGUGCUGAGAAACUAAGAAAUGUUAAUCAACAAUUGUCCAAUUUGGAAUUUGCAAAUCUAAUUUUUGGCAGAUGUUGAUUUGUUUCCCAAGCAUAUAACUAUUUAUUUUGUUAUGUCUGGAAAAUGGUUAGUUAAUGUUGCAGUGUCCUCAAGCUAUAUACCUGAGUGACUGCUAUCCUUUCAGUACUUCCAUAAACUACUGCUGGCCAAAAUCCUCAAUACUGGAAGACUGUUACUCACCUGCUGAGAUUUCCUUGUGGAAUAUCUUCACUUCUAGAUGUCAGUGCUUAAACAUUCCUUGUCCCUGCCCACUCUCCCAAAGUUUACCAAUGACCCCAAAUUUAUUAACGUGCAAACUUUUUUUACCCUGCUCUCAAAUUUCUUUUAAAUGGGAUAGCAAUUGAUGCUAGUUUUGUGACAAUCUGCAGUCAUUUUUUCUUUUUUAUGAAAUUGUGUGAAGCGUACAUAGUCUUCCUUUACUGAAUUCCAUUCACGUUCUGUAAAAUUUUCACAAGUGCUUUGCGUGGCACAUUUCUGUGGCUGUUUUUAGUUGAAUUCUUCUCCCACCUGAUAUUUGUCUGGGGGAGCAUUUGUCUAUCAAGCAAUAAUCUCUGCGUUCCUCCCGUGCCUUCCCUGCAGACUCGGCCCCCGUUUGUACCACAAGAGCGUCCGCCGGGGGCAUUGUGCCUCUGGCAUGGAAACUUUGUCUUUACAGAAUUGCUAACUGUAGAGGUAACUUUGUGCCAGUCAAGGUGUCUUCAGAAACGUAUGUGCAACACAAGAAUGAGCUUGUUUAUUAUAUGUAAUAUUCUGUAAAAUUGUAUAUUUUACAUUGGUGUGAAAUAAAAGGCUUAGUGUCUGUUUUUCAGUGUAACUUUUUUUUGUUUUUUAAUGUUGGUUGAUUUAAAACAAGGGGUUUGUGAUUUUGUGUAAUUAAAGAUAUUCUAUACUGCAAUUAUAGCUCCGGUUUGUCUCAAAUCUUACUAAAGAAAAACUAUUUCAUCUGAUUGUUUUCCUUAUAUUUAUCAUUUGGCAGUGGCAGUGCUAUAAGAAUGUAUAGCUGAAAUAGGCAGUGUCUGAUAAAACAAUAGCUUCAAUAA